AUGAGCAGUAGGUCUCCUGUUCCGACUUAAAGAAGGGUUAUUUACACUAAUUUAGAAACUCCUAAUAAAGACCCUUCAACAAUAUUUCAUUCGCCAUACACAAAUGGAAAGAAAUCAAAAGAAUAUACUAAUCCAACUUUAAUUUCUUCCAGCGUAUUUUAUGAUUAUAAGCUAAAUAAUGUUGAUAUAAAGAGUGGUUAGUUAGACCAUAGCGGAAGGCCUAAAAGCCCUAUAAAUUAGCAAAAUGAGCAUAUUAGCAAUUAAGAUAGGUCUAAUACGCCAGUUUAGAAAGCUACUCCCGAAAGAUCCAAAACACCUAGAAGAAAGAGGUAAUUUGAUAAUACAAGAGAACAUAUUAGAGAUCAUUUCCAAGCUGGAAUGAUGAUUUAAGCUGAAACAAAACGUCCUCUUAAAAAAUAUAAUUUUUCCAACACUGUUACAGAUUUUUCUUAAAGUUGCUUGAAUAAUAAUCAAGAGACUAUGAAGUUCUAUUUAGAUAAAAUUCAAGACAGAUCCAUGCAUAAAAGUGCGAGCAAUAUAAAUUUAGAUCAAAAUUUCAAAGUUGGUACUAAUGAAUAAUCUAAUAACGUAUCUGCGUUUGUGGAUUAAGUCUCAACUCCUUUGAAAAAAAACAGUAGCUUUAUAAAUAUAAACAAAAGAGAUGAUGAUGAAAACUACAACUCGUAACUUUAAAAUUUCUCAACUAGGAAUGGAAGAUAACAAGAGUAUUCAUAGCCUCAAACUCCAAAUAGAGUGAGGGAUUCUUCGAAUAAUAGAUAAGUGAAUGGUGGAGGAGGCUAUGAAAGAAGCAUGACUCCAAAUACUAUGUAAAGAUAUCUUAACGACUAGCUAUAGCAUUAAACAGCUACUCCUAAAAGAUAUGAAAACCACAACAGCACAGGAGAUGUGCGCCAAAAUAGGAGUUUGACUCCAACAGCCUAUGCUAAAUAUAGAUAAAGCUUUACUCCUCUUAAAGAGUGUUGUGAUCAGUGCAUUAAUUUAAAAAUGAUGGAUUAGAAAUAGUAAAGGAAAAAAGAAGAAAAAGAAAAAGAUUAUUUGGAUUAAAAGUCUAUAAACUAGAAAUACAAUGAUGAAUAAAUAAGAUUUAAGGAGUUAACGAAAUAAAAAUAGGAAUAAGUAAGAAGGUAAUAUGGUGAAUAUGUAAAGAUAAAAAACGAAGAAGAUAAAUAGAAAAAGUAAGAUAAAAUAUAAGAAAAUAUUAUAUAUAAUCAGAAAAUGAAUAAAUAAUUCGAAUAAGAAAAGUAAAUGGAAUUGGAGAGAAUAAAGAAUUAGAAAAUCUAAAAAAUUAAAAUGUAUUCAUAGUAAUUAAAAGAACAAAUAGAAUAAAAGGAAAUAUAGAGAAAGAAUUAAAUUGAAAAGCAAAGAUAGGAAAGUGAGAGGAACUAACAACUCCAAGCAAAAGUACAAUAUGAAAGAACUCGCAUGUAAAAUAAAUUUGUUCCAACUGUUGUAGAAUAUAGAGAACAACUGCUCAAUUAGCAGAUCGAGCAAGACAUGCAAAAAUAUAAACAAAAAGAUUAAGAAUAGCUUUUCUAUAAAAAAAUAUAAGAGCAAGUUUCAAAGUAUUCUGAGCAGGAGAAGGAACUAUUAAGACAAAUCAAGCAAAAGAAGAAAUAAGAUUACGAAAGCUUCAUUAAACAAAAAGAACAAAUAUUAAUCUAAGCAAAAGAAGAAAAAAAGAAGGAGGAAAAAGAAGUUCGCCAAAAAUUCUAAAACAUCGAAAAUGAAGAUCAUCUGCAAAAACUUAAUUCGAGAAGAAUAGAAAAUAUAAAAAAACAAAAUUUCUGUAAUGUGCUUAAAGAUUAAAUUUAAUAGAAAGAAAUCUUGUAAUAAUAAUUAAAGCAAGAAGAUAUCAAAAAAUCGCAAUCAACAACCCUUUUAAUUAACAACUCUUCUUACUAAAAUUUACCAAUUAACUCUCUAUCACCUUGCACUUAAUGCCAUAAAAAAGUGCCUAAGUUCUAAUUGGCUUUAUAUAAUUGA